CACCAUGGCAUGGGCUUAUGCUCUGCGUGUGCCCUCUCUUCGGUGCCAGUUCCAGUUGAGAUUGUGGUGAGACGGAACGUGUGUGUCCGUUUGUUUUGUGCUCGUCGCUCUUCGCUACGCAAGCUUUCGCACGCGUUUUCGCGGGUCCGCAUUUUUCCGAAGGAUCGUUACGGAGCUGUAUUGUUGUUUGUCGCUUUGCCAUUACCCCGUUGCUUUUUGGGGGGAGCCCUUUUGGAUACCGAUUGCCGUGGCCACGUGGGUAGUACUGAAGGGAACUUAGCCGGUAGCGGAUGUGCGUGAUUAGCCGAUCAGAUGAUUUGUGUGUUGUUCGGUCGACAUGUACUUGGUUGGAUACUCUGUAACGGCGGGAGUGUAACUGUGACUGGGUAAAAGGAUUGAACGCCAUUUUUAGGCUGAUUUCGCGACGGUAUACUGCUGAUGGUGAAGUGUUUUAGGAAAAAAAGCUUAAAGCAAUCAACAUUUUACGAGGUGAUUUUGGAGUAUGUUGUGAAGUUUCAGAUAACACCUAUGCAAAGAAAUACCAAGUGAAAUAAAUUCUCAAAAGUGAUAUAUUGGGAAUUGUCAGUUAAAAUUGAUUGUUAGUUGUUUUGCUGAAGACUGAACAUUAAAAUAACUGUUCAAAUCGAGACCAGCUGAGAAUUUGAUUCUAAUAUUGACUGGAAAGGCAGCCCUCGGUUUGCUUUUUGACGGAUAGGAGAUAGACAUUGGACGCAGGUUGGUGUCCAGGAAAAGUCGGAGCGUUCGGGUGAACUCUCUUUCCUGCGUCCUCUCAUCCAAGCAAUUGCGAAGAAAUGCCCCAUACCGGUCAAGCAGGUGUCAACCAGCUCGGAGGCGUUUUCGUCAACGGUAGACCCCUGCCGGACAUCGUACGCCGCCGGAUAGUGGAGUUGGCCCUCAUGGGUGUCCGACCUUGUGACAUUUCCCGGCAGCUUUUGGUGUCCCAUGGUUGUGUAUCAAAAAUUCUCACCAGAUUCUACGAAACCGGUUCGAUACGGCCCGGAUCGAUUGGCGGCAGCAAAACCAAGCAAGUGGCAACGCCAACGGUGGUGAAGAAGAUACUCCGCAUCAAGCAGGAAAAUCCGGGAAUGUUCGCCUGGGAGAUCCGGGAUCAGCUGCUAGCCCAACGGAUAUGUGACCCCAACACGAUACCCUCGGUCAGUUCGGUCAACCGGAUACUGCGGAAUGGAGGCCUUUGGACCGACGAUAUGACCUCAAAUGAGCAAAUGAUGCGCGAGUCGUCCCAUUCGUCAACGUUCAUGGCAUCAAAAAACAUGUCACAUCCCAUCUACAGCCAAACUUUGGAGCAGCAUCAAGCCUUGCUGAAUCAGUAUCGCUACAGCAUGGCAUCUUCUGUCUCUCCUGAAGGCAAAUUGGUUCAUCCGCAUCCAUAUAACCCCUCCCAGAUGCCGGCAACUCCACCUGUUCAGAAGACGGCAGCAAUCAACAUAAUCCAGCACGAGGGAAUCACUCCGACCAAACUCGAUCCUGCCAAGCAUCAUGAAUCGGCGCCCAGCUCACCCAAAGGAGCAGAAUCCAAAAGUGAACCAUCUUCAUCGAGUUCGACUCCCGUUGCCCUGCCGCCUCAGAUGGCCUACCUUCCGAAGCACUGGAUCUGGAACACUAGUCUUUUCUACGCCGCCAAUCGGAGCGUAGCUGCCGGUGCUGAUCCGGCGGCAGCCUUCCCGCAUGGUUAUUUUGCGUACGGAAACCCGUUUGCAACUUCCGGCGGAUUUGCCGUCCAGCGGGAGAGCUACCGUAAUGAUGGAACCAGUUCCAACACUAGUUCCUCGCCCGUUCAAAUCACCGACGUCAACUCCGAUGAUUCUUCGGAUAACCACGAUGAUCUUAGGACCAGCAUGUCCAAGAAGCGCAACCCUUACUCGAUAGAGGAGCUGCUCAAGAAGCCCGAAAAGCGCCAAAAGCUAGACUCCGUCACCAUCACCUGUGUGCCAGCUCGCCAAGGACCCACCAACAGCAGCACCGCAGACGAUUAUCAUUCGCCGUCGGCAUCGCCCUCGAAAUCAGUGACGCCCCCACUUUCCGGAGGCCGCCCCUUUCGCAACACCGGAUCCCCCAGCGAAGAAACCGGCAUCAGUUUGGUCAAAGCGAAACCGAUCGAUCCCGUUAGUGAAAAUAUUGAAAUUUGUGAUUGAGCAAGCUGUGUACAUUGAUUGUGAAUCCACCCAUGACUUGCCAUAAUCUGUAGCGUUUGUUGAACUAGUUUUGUACGUACUGUUGUUUUAGGCGAAUCUCUUUGUACAUAAUACUGCAACUAACUACUACCUUAAGAAACUAAAACGAAUCAUCCCCUCCCCACUGAACCUGUAAAUCCCACUCUAGGUUAAGCGUAACUUAUUAACAAAGAUCUUGAAAAAACGUACUGUUUAAGCGGCAAAGCUUCCUGUAUUCUACAAGAAAAAGAAACCCCUCACUUUUAUUGUACAGAUAACUGAUCAGCAUUAAACCAAGAAGCUAAAACCUGAACGACAAAUGUCAGUUAAUAAGCAAGAAAACCCCGAAUGUGUAAGACAUCUACAAACAAAGAGAAAAAAAAACUCACGUAGACUAAUUGUUUCAAUAAACAGCCGAA